AUGAACAUUGAAUCAGUUGGUGAUGUUGAAAUCCUUAUGGCAAUUAAUGUCACUGGAAGUUUGACUGAAAAUACAGCCACCUCCACUACACCCGAAGAAUUCCUAAAAUUAAAAAAAAAGAUAGUGAAGGAGCGACAGCAACACAAGGUGGCAGCCACCACAGGCUCGCGACUAAAAGCCCCUCGCAAUCUCCAACUGUUGGAAGAACUCAACGAAGGCCAGAAAGGAGUAGGAGAUGGUACAAUUAUCUGGGGUCUAGAAGAUGAUGAAGACAUGACACUUACAAGAUGGACAGGGAUGAUAAUUGAGCCCUCAAGAACAAUUUAUGAAAACCAAAUAUACAGCCUUAAAAUAGAAUGUGGAGCUAAAUACCUAGAAGCACCCCCCUUUGUAAGAUUUGUAACAAAAAUUAAUAUGAAUGGAGUUAAUAGUUCUAAUGGAGUGGUGGACCCAAGAGCCAAAUCAGUGCUAGCAGAAUGGCAGAAUUUAUAUAGCAUCAAAGUUGUCCUGCAAGAGCUUCAGCGCCUAACGAUGUCUAAAGAUAAAAUGAAACUCCCUCAGCUACCUGAAGGACAGUGUUACAGCAGUGAAUCAAAAAGAAAAACCACCAGCCCUCCCUUACCCCCCAUUUGA